AUGACAAUAGGAUUGGUCCAUUCCUCCAACAGACCUUUAUCUUCUUCAAUUUCAUCUUAUCCUAAACCCCAUUCCUCCAACAGACCUUUAUCUUCUUCAGUUGGUUUUCGCAUUUCCAGUUACGCCCCUCCUUUUUCACUGAAACUCACUCUUCGCGGCCAUCCUCCUCUUUCAUCUUUACGGUCCACCGGCAAAAAUGCCAACCGAUUGCACGCCGCCGUGGAAAGCGUAACCGUGGAGGAAGAAUUGGAAGAACCCACAAAAGACGACAGCAAAAAAAAGCUUUUUAUUAUAAAGAAUAAAGAUGGGAGGAACAGAGGCUAUGUAUUUGUGACAAUGGCUUCUAGGGAAAAAGCUCAGGCUGCAAUAGAGAAAUACAACACAUUUGAAUUGGUUGGUCUGAUUAUCAGAGUAGAGUUUUCCAGGCAGUUCAACAAACCUAUUCGUAAUCCACCAAGAGAAACUCGCUAUAAGCUUUAUGUUAUCAAUCUUGCAUGGAAAGUGAGGCCUGGAAAUCUUCGUGAUAUCUUCACUCCCAACUUCAAUCCUGUUUCGGUUAGAAUCGUGUUUGGCAGUCGUUCUGGAAAAUCAGUUGUAUACGCGUUCGUGUCUUUUGCAACAAAAGAGGAAGCGGAAUCUGCAGUUUCUUUACUAGAUGGGAAGGUAGCUGGCUACUACUAA